CCCACUUCAGGUGUCCAGUGUCAAUAAUUUAUUUGGUCACGGGACCGAUGAAACCAAACUCGGCAUAAGGUUUCAUCGUCAAGACUUGAAACAUGUCAUAUAAUUCUCAGGUAAAGCUUGUGUUUAUAGCUUUACUGUUUGUGUAUACUGCAGAAGCCAAGUCAUGCAAUGGUUCGGCAAAAUAUACUCUCACAUUCAGAGGAGAAUGGACAGACGCGAGGCAUGCGAACUUUCCUUCAAACCCUCAUUUCUCGCCUGGCGUAGGCUGUAGUCACAAUGCUUCUUACGUGAUGUGGAAAUCAGGAAUACUAGCGACCACAGGAGUUAAAAAUGUGGCAGAAUUCGGUAGGAAUUGUUCCGUGUAUUUUGAAAGCUUUUAGCUAGCUGUACUAGCUUGACAACACAGCCUGUGACACGGCGUUAGGUGUUGAAAGUUUUUUUUUACUUCCGUGUUGUAGUCAAGUAUAGUUUCCUAUCCAUAUCGCCAAUAAAAAGCUUCCCUUUUUUAUCUUUUUAAAAUUUUCAUGCAAUUAAACUCAAUUAGUCAUAAAGAAAAUUUUAUAAAACACGUCAUGUACACCAUUGACUUGCUGGGAUUUAGUGAUUCUAUUCGGUAUAAUUAUAUAGACUAUAUAGACAGGUGCCAGAAAUGCGUAUUGCGUUUGCCUUUCAAUAUAAGCCCAAUAUAUGCGCGCAUAUGCUAUUUUUAGGCUAACCCAAACUUUAUUUGAAUUUCAGGUAGCACAGUUGCAAUAAACACAGAAAUGGACAGUCAAAUAGCAUCGAAGAACGCCUAUAAAAGAUACAGUGGUCGGCUAAUCUUUGGUGGCACAGCCAGCGAUUCUAUCUCUAAUAUCGAAAUCAACUCGCAAUAUCCUCUUGUGUCCUUCAUCACUAUGAUAGCCCCCUCACCAGAUUGGUUUCUUGGUGUGCAUGAUUUAAAUUUAUGCAACACAGUUACAGGCGAAUGGCAAGACCGGGAAGUGAAAGAUUUGUUUCCAUAUGAUGCAGGCACUGACAGUGGCCCCAAUUUUGAGAGUGGUAAUGUGGCCACCAAUCCGCCUGUAAAUAUUCACCUCAUCACAAAUGACACUGAAGGUUCGCUCAAAGGCGACAAACCCGUCAAGAGUUUUGGAACAUUCACCUUUGUGAAUGAGGGGACGCCAGCACCGCCGACAGGCACAACUUCACGUCCGACAACCCCGACAGGCACAGCUACACCACCAACAGGCACAGCUACACCACCAACAGGCACAGCUACACUACCGGCGACAGGCGCAGCUCCACCAGCUACACCACCGACAGGCAAAACUAACCCAGGCACAAACUUUAACAUAACUCUUAUCCUGAUAUUAUGCAUCUUGAACAUCAUUGGCUAUCUUCUAUAAACUUGACAAACUUUCAAUGACACCCUUGACUGAGUUCGAAGUAACGUAUCAAAUCCGACUGAGGACAACUGGAAUACUGGGUAACCAAUAUAAAUUGUUUCGUUCAAAGCAAAACCAAGGACUGAACUAAUUUUUACUAAUUUCUACUAACUUUUAGGGCCCCUGUAAAUGGAGCAAUAAGCUCUGUAGAGUUAACCUGUCAUUUAUGUGACUAAGUUUAUAUAUACAAUUGCAAGAACUGGAUAUCUGGUAACGUCUGAAUAGUCGGAUUCGAUAUAACAUCUCAAAUUGAAAAAUGAAUCAGUAUUUUAAGAGAAAUAUAUUUAAGUUCAAAGUUGAUGAAAUUCUGCGCUGAUUACAGUAAGAUCACGUGCAUAUCCAGUUGCCGUCACAGUUCAAGCUCAGUACACAUUUUGAUUUUAGUUGUAGUUGCGAAAUAUAAUCUUCAUAUUGUUAUAGUCACUAGACUAAACAAAAGUUCAAAUGCUUGUUAACAGAACUCAAAUAUUAUAGAGAAGAUCUUGUAGUUCAAGAAGAAUAGAAGAUUAUUUGUUAUUGCUGCUUGAACAACCUCUCGUUCACUAUAAUCUAUCUCUAGAAAAUGUUUUUUUCUGAAUUGUGCACUGUGACUCAUUUCAAUACAUCGAAAUCCUCCCGCCUCGUUUCUCGUCCUGGCAAAGCGAGAUCUUAUAAACAGGCCCUUAUUCAGCAAAAUGCGCAUACUCCCAUCCCUUGGGGGUGAGGCAGCACUUUCCUUGCGAUAGUAACUUCUAGGUAUAAAUUAAUAUUUGCUGGAAAUUGAUUGGACGUCAAUUACCCAGUUACUUUCUAAGUUCUUUGUAGGUUUGCAUCUAUGGUUUGCAUGGCGAUAAAAUAUAUAAUACUUUUGUUUGUGGAAACACCACGUAAAAUUAUAAUAUUAGCCUUUUUUACUGCAAAGCUUUCUAGUAUUGUUUUUGUCCGUGCGGCGCACACGACGUUCGAUUUUGAUCGAAGUUGAAAAUACGAAAUUUCGCCACACUCCUGGCAAGACUAAUUCUAGCAGUUACUAUCGCAAGGUAAGUACUGCCUCGCCACCAAGGGAUCAAAGGCAGCAUGCGCAAUUCGCUGAAUAAGGGGGUGUUUUAUAUAAUAUUAUACCUGGGAUAUUAUACCUGGGAUAUUAUAGUAUCCCACGCGUGACGCGUGGACACCACGCUCUGAAACAAUAUGGCGUUCGCGAGCCGUUGUUUGUAAUUUCGUAUUUUCGUACAGAAUAUUUGAUUUAACAAAACAUUUUCAAGACGCAUUUUACCUUUAAUGAUCCAAAGGAUACAUGCUUAAAUAUUUAAAGAGGAAACGUCAAAAACUCAGGUAUACAUAAGAAAUUAAAAAUUGUAUUCGCGUAGUUUAAUAAUAUUCAGCAAGUUUUAAAGUUUAUUCUGAACUUAAUAGACUCUUAGUGAGUUCUUUUAUAACUUUCGGUAUAAUAUGUCAUUUAUAGACCCUCCGCUCGGGGGAUUCGGCGAUAUUUCCUCAAAGCCCCUCUGAAAAUAUCAUCACUUCGGGAAAUAUUACGCCGAAUCCCCCUCGCUCCUACCCUGGAUUCCAGAGCCUUCGACAGUAAAUAACUAAUUUGAAAUGUCGCGAAGGCUCUGGUUCAACGGGGCGAUUCUUUGAUUAAACCGCGCCAAUCACAAAACAAAACCACUAAUUCUGUUUUGUGAUUGGCCCGGUUUAAUCAAAGAAUCGCCCCGUUGAACCAGAGCCUUCGCGACAUUUCAAUUUAUUAUUUACUGUCGAAGGCUCUGGAAUCCAGGGUACCUCGCUCCGGGUCUAUAAAUGAUAAUGAUCCCGCUUUGCCAUGAAGAGAUGUGAGGCGCAGGGUUAUUUUGAUGUAUUGAAACAAGUCACGGUGCACAACUCCGGUCCUGGCAACGUCGUGUCCGCCGCGCAGACAAAAACAAUAGAAAGCUUUGUAAUAAUAAAAAAGACUAAUAUUAUGAUUUUAUGAACUGAAAACUUGAUUAGCGAUACGGUCUGUUAGAAAAAACUGCAAUUAGCUUGGGAGAAAUAGUAUAAAAACUGUUUACCACCUUCGUCGCUACUGGACGUCAAAUCCGCCAUCUUGCCGACUUCAAUUUUCUCACAGGCCGAAUGACAGAAGUUCUUGCUCCAGAUAUAUAUGUAUAGAGAGCUCACACUGGGUUGUACAUGAAUGAUUCUAUUGAAUUUGCCCACAGCCCACCAGGACCGUAGCGAAGAGUUUAAAGAAGGGGGGGUGUAGUAUCAGAUUUGCCGACAACAUUUCCGUCGCUAAUUAACAUUUUUUCCCCCAAAUUGUUGGCGGGCGGGGGGGGGGUUCCCCCAAAUUGUUGGCGAGCGGGGGGGGGAUCGCAACAUUUUUUUCUGGACAUAAAAUUUUUUUUCCGGACAUACAAAAAGUUUUCCGGACAUACCAAAAUUUGUUAAUUUUUUGCGCAAUUUUAGUGAAUUUAGCUAAAUUUUUGAUAACGGUAAUACUCGGUUUCAUCCGAACCACUCUAAUAUUUUCGCGGCUUACGGAAACGAUUCACCGACAAAACUGUUAUUUUGCCGAAAAGACAUUUCCAGGGGGGUGUCACCCCCCUAUAGCUACGACCCUGCAGCCCACGGUUUGGCAGUCCAUACGUAUGGUGGGAGCUGAAAGACAUCCGGAAACUUUUGCAACUAUAACUAUUAUUAACUAUUGGUUACGACUUCAGUAGAAAAGCGAAUCUGGUUCUUGAAUGCAAAAACAGUCAAAUAAAUUCCCACCCACUUAUAGCCAUAU